AUGCCCGAGCGCGACGAGGGGAGGCCAACCGUUCAACGCGACAUCCCGAAUCGUCCGCGAGAUCUGAAUGAAGUGUCAAGGGCGGUGUUGAGGAGUGAGCAGGCCAAGAGGUGGACCAAGAAAUAUCGCACCGAGGUGGCCGCCAGCUCCAGUAGUCUGCUGUCUACCUUUGCUGCCUAUCCUCUCGACUCUGUCAAGACGCGGUUGCAGGCCUACAAGUUCAACUCCUUCACCGACUGCGUUCGCCACACAUAUAGGACCGAAGGUCUACAUGGCUUCUACCGCGGCGUCUGGUCCCCCCUCGCAAGCAUCACUCUCGUCCGAACCGUUUCCUUCUCGAUAUACCAACGCUCCAAAUACGCGCUCGAUGAGUGGAUAUACAAGUCUACAGGGAGCUCACCACUGGCUAUCGUAAACAGCAAAGACACUCUACCCACACUUUCGACGGUCGCAUGUUUUGGGUUGGCUGGUGUCAAUGCAGGCGCUGCCAUAACAGUCAUCGCUUGCCCUUUUGAAUUGACCAAGCUCAGCGCUCAGAUUUCAGUCUUGAUGGCCGAUCGCAAUGACGGAGGCGGCAAAAAUGAAGCGAUACGCAAAAGCUACCAAAAUCUUGGGACCUGGAAGACGGCCCAGAAUUUGAUCAAGCAUAGGGGUUGGAGAGGAUUGUACUCGGGCUUCCAUUUGCAUUUGUUGCGAGACUCGAUUGGCACAGGAAUCUACUUUCUGACGUACGAGAGCGUGAAGCAAGUCUUGGCGAAUGCAAGGGGCACUUCACCGACACAUCCUCUGGCUGUGGUAGUGGCUGGUGGACUAUGUGGACUCGUGAGCUGGGCAUGUAUCUUCCCAAUCGACACAGCCAAGAGCAUUUACCAACGCAACUGCCUCGUCGGCGGUAAAGACCAGGCCACAAGACCCAAGAUCCAAUUCUUCAACCGCCGCAUGUACCGAGGUCUCGGCGUAUCCAUGUCUCGCUCCUGCGUCGUAAAUGCAAUCUUCUUCACUGCGUUUGAGUUUACAAAGAAGCGCAUCAAUGGAAUGACGUAUGAUGAGGAUUUGUUGCGUGAAAGGGGGGUAUGA